UAAUAUCUAUGCAGAUCAGUUAUUUUACAGCAAUCAUGAAUAUCAGACGUAUUUCGGCGCCGUACCAAGCCCAAAUUCGUGAAACACAACAUCGCUUCGUAUGUGAAUCCUUUUGUGACUAUGCGCUAAGUGAUCCAGUGUUGAUAAUUAUAACAUUAACUGCAGUAAUUGGGUCGUUUUGCUUGCUAAGUGGACUGAUCCUUUUGUGCGCCGUUUCUAAAUCAUUACGCGAUCAGACUUCGGAAGCUAUCCUUCUCCUGGGUAAGAAUCAAUCUCCUUCCUCUUCCAAGUACUACUGUACCAAUGGAAAACUACGACGCCUUCUCAUUGCAGGCAUUGGAUUCUUCAUUUACACAAUUGCUUUCGUUACCUGGAAGAUUACUAAUGCCCGACGAAUCGCCCAUGUGAUCGAAACUCUCAAUAAGGAAGUUGCACAAAAUCAAGUGUGAAUGCCACAGUUCUCUGUGGAUUUUGUAUAUUUUAUUAAGCUUUGCUUCAGUGGAAUGUAAAUGUAAGAACUAGUCAAAUGUUAUUUAUCAAAAUAUUCAAUUUAGAUUAGAAAAUUCCAAAUAUGCCAAGAAGACUAGAAAUAAAAAAAU